GUCAAAAUUCAUGGAUUAAGGAAAACGAACCGUUCAGGCUCCGCACUAUGGAGGAGAAAGCUUCUCAUAGCAAGAAACACCCCACUAACUUGGUGUCAAUUCUGGUCCACACAACCCGCUUUGUCAUUUUAUUGAAGGCAAAGUAACAAAGGUGAAACGCAUUUGUAAAAGUGCGCAGAGGUUUGUAAGGUAAUUUGGGUGUGGGCAACUUACUUUCACAAGGCAUUUUCUACAAAACGGUUAAUUCUGCGAAAAGCGGCGGAAAACGAAGAAAAUGUCUGAGUUGGAGAACUCCGAACAGCCGGCGGCUGCUUUCUCCUCAGAGCUUAAAGGCGCGACUAACGGAGGGCAGGAUUCCUGCGAGAGCCCGGACAACAUGAAAGAUAGGUUUGACCUCGCAGCAGUCUAUGUGUCCGAUGCUCAGCACAACAGGAACAUCACCUUUGACGCAUCUCCCCCAUCAGUGAGGCUGUACCUCAUCUACAACCACUGGAUGCUGCAUGUGUUGGUGUAUGUGUUCAUCCUGGUGGACUUGGCCCUGGCGCUGUUUGAGGAGCCUGCACUCAUCCCGCUCCCUGUGUGGGCCACGUCAAUGAUUGAGCUCAUCUGUCUGGUAGCGUUCGCUGUGCGAUUGGCACAUUUCGCUAAAGUAGUUCCCCGUCGAAUAUUCCUCAGGGAUCCCAAAAACAUUUGCAUCAUCGUCAUAAUCACGCUCUGCCUCCUUGAUAUGAUCAUAUAUGGAGCUCUGAAAGUGUCUGGCAACUACGCAGUUCGCUGGUCCCGCGUCCUACGGCCUCUCCUAUUGGUCAAUGUCACAGAGGGACGGCAGCUCCGCAGGGCAUUCAGGAGUAUUCGGAACGCCCUGCCUCAGAUCCUGGUUCUCUUUUUCCUCUUCAUGUUCAGUGUGCUGAUUUUCUCCCUCAUGGCUCUGAAGCUGAUGGGAAAAAGAAACCUUGAAACCAUUGAGGGUGCCCCAUAUUUUACAAACUAUUUGGACAUUGUUUUUGAUCUCUAUGUUUUAGUGACCACUGCCAACAGCCCUGAUAUCAUGAUGCCAGCAUACAACUAUAGUUCGUUCUUUGCUCUUUUCUUCAUUCUGUACAUCGUCAUCAACACUUACACGUUCAUGUCUGUGUUCUUGGCUGUAGUCUACAAUAACUACAAAAAAUACCUGAAGGAAGAGGUACGGCAGCUGGUGAGGGCCAAGCGGCAGAAGAUGUGUCACGCCUUCAGUCUGCUGAAGGAAGGAGGAGAAGAGCCAGUGGUCAGUAAGGCUCAUUGGAACCGGCUAGUGCGACUGGUUCAACCUGACAUCACCAACGCCCAUCGAGAGCUGCUCUGGAACGUCUCGGACCACCACAACAGAGGACACAUAGGAAAGGUGGCGUUUGUGCAGCUGGCUGAUCUGCUGAAUAUCCAGGUGAUAACACUAAAGUCUCGUGCACACCCACUGCACACCUGGAUACCUGCCAUCUAUGAGUCUGCUGUCAGCAAGCUUAUCUGCAGGAUGGUUCGGCACAGGAUGUUUGUGUACCUGUAUGAUGCCAUAAUCCUGGUGAACGCUGUCUUCAUUGGACUGGAUGAAGAGGACCCCGUAGUGUCCAGUGCUGAGUGGUUCUUCCUCACCCUCUACGUGCUCGAGAUCCUGCUCAAGCUCUACACCUUUGAGCCUCGCACCUUCUUCGCCAGACAUCACUUUUGGAACUGGUUUGACACCAUCAUCAUCGUUUCUGCUCUGCUGGCAACUGUCAUUAAUGCGGCUCUGAAAUCCUCUGGAGGCUAUACAAGUCGCCAGAUCCUGGACAUCGUCUUCAUCCUGAGAGUACUGAGGCUCAUCCGGGUGGUGGACAGCAUUCAGAGGUUCCGCGCCAUCAUCAACACGCUGAUCAAGAUCGGCCCACUCAUGCUCACGUUCGGCCAGCUGAUUCUGGUGGUGUACUACAUCUUCGCUAUGGUGGGGAUGGAGCUGUUCAAAGGGAAGGUGCAGUUUUUCAGUGCCGACUCUCCUGACCCGGCGCGGGAGUACUGUGGAAAUGCCCUCCUCAAAGACACGCUUUUCGCCAGGAACAACUACUGCAAGAACAACUUCAACGAUGUGGUGUCCUCUUUUGUCCUGCUGCUGGAACUCACCGUGGUCAACCAGUGGCACGUGCUUGCUGGUGGCUUUGCUUCAGUGACCCAUGUUUCAGCCAGAAUAUUCUUUGUUCUCUUCCACAUAGUGGUUGUCAUCAUCAUCAUGAACAUUUUCGUGGCCUUUAUCCUGGAGGCAUUCAUUAUUGAGUACAUCGUUGAAAAGAAUGACCUGCAGACAUCCCUGGAGAAGAAGAUUGAAGAGCUGAAUCUGUGUGUGGAGCAGGAUCACCUUGAUGGCAACCUUGUGGAUGCCAUGGAAACCCAGGACAAUGACAUGGGUCCCGCAGACACCCCCUCUACCAAGCCCACCAUCAUGUUCAAAAUCAGUUCAAAAAGAUACAGCACCAUGGAUGGCCUGUUGCAGAGGAUGUUUGAAACGGGAACUGAUCUGAGUGCAGAAGUCAUUGCCGAUACCUCCGAGGACAUGAACUUCUCCAACCCGUCUUUCUCUCCUGCGUGACUCGUGCGAGGACGUGAACCUCUGUACAUGACUACAGCCUAAAUGUACAUUUCUAUCGCAUCGUCUUUGUAUACACAAACUGUCGGGGGCUAGUGAGAGGAACUACACUACGCUAAAUUACAUGCAUAGUGAAUGGUGAUAUUUGCAAACCGGGCCAGUUUGUAUGGAGCAGUCAAGCAUAUGUAAUGGCGCUUUGCUCUAUACCAGACAGUGUUAAGGAGGGAAUCGACUGCCACGCACUCUUUUCAAUCUGAGAUCAAUAAACCACAGAGAACAGUAAAAAAGGAUGCAUAAGAUAAAUACAUAAAUCAGUAAACACAGGUGAAAUGUUUAUUCUCCCAUACAGGACAGAAAAGGCUGACAGAAUAUAUAGGCUAAAAAGUCAUUAUUUCUGCUCAUGCCUAUUUUUGUAUAAUACUGCAAUCGUAAUCAAACUGUCAAUGUUAUAGUGAGGUUUGUAUGAAUUUAAAGGCACAGCAUUCCUCGAGUACAAUAAAACUAAGCAAAUGAG